GGGACGGCUGUUCCCGAGCCGUCAUGUUAUCUCUGCUCAUCUACGGAUUUGCUCUCGGUUUGCCCUUCGUAUUUCUCAUACGCCGUCGUCUAUCGCUCUCACCACAGAAAAAAGUGGCUAGCACAACCCCAGAAGCACCAAAAAAGGCGGGCACCAUCAUGCAGCCGCCCAGAACCGACCUCGAUCCUCCAAAGAGUGACCCCUACACUCUCGAGCAGUUGAAGGAGUACGAUGGCAGCAAACCAGAUAAGCCAAUAUACGUCUCUAUCAAAGGUGACAUCUUUGAUGUGACUCGCAAAGCAGACGUAUACGGUCCCGGCAAGUCUUACAACCUCUUUGCCGGAAAGGACGGCUCCAAGGGACUCGGAAUGUCGAGUCUCAAGCCAGAGGAUGCUAUACCUGAUUACAGCACUCUGCAAGAGAACGACCGCAAGGUCUUGGAUGACUGGCACAGUUACUUCUCUAAACGUUACAACGUCAUCGGUCGUGUCUCAGAUCUCCCGCCUGUUGUCGCGAACCUGUAAAUGUCUUGAAUCAAGCCGCAUCUUGAAUUUCAUCGUGCUUUACGCUAUGCUCCGCUGUGUUUAUUCAUCAUUUUAUUCGUUCAAGUUGUAUCAGUGAAUUCACUACUUUGACGCCCAUGCGCUGGUGCCAUUUUCGCACCGAAUGAUGUGAUACACGCUAUUUUUACUAGCAUCACUCUUUGUUCCAUACCAUGUCAAUAUUACUCCCAAUUUGAAG